AUCUCCACUGACAUAUGACAUCCGAUUAAACCUCCGAAGCGGCUGAAGAUGGUUCUAGUUUCUUUUUCUCCAAGCAAUUCAAACCCACGACCAAAAGGCCUCUAAAUCUCUCCACCUUGAUCACAGAUAUUCUCUCCCAGCAUAGUCUAUAUUCCCUCAGCUCGCCAAAAUGAUGGUGAAUCCACAGGAGAGCUUGCCUUCGGCCAAGACCAUUCUAUCGGCGGUGGCAUCACUCACCGCCUCCGCGGUGCUCCUCCGAACCUUCUACAACGAACUAAUUCCCGAUGCGGUUCGAGACUAUUUCUUCGCACGGCUCCAUGACUUCUCAACCCGUUUCUCCUCCCAACUCAUCAUCGUUAUCGAAGAACUUGAUGGGCUUACCGCCAACCAAAUGUUUGACGCUGCUAAUGUUUACUUGGGCACAAAGCUCUCUUCAUCCUCGGGAAGGAUUAAGGUCCACAAGCCAGAAAAACAGAAGGAAUUAGCCGUGACCAUUGAUAGGAAUCAAGAACUUAUUGACAUAUUCGAAGGUGUCGAUUUCAAGUGGGUUUUGGUUUCUUCGCGUAUUGAAAAACCAAUUUCAAGUAAGAACCGCGACGGUAAUGUGCUUGAGCGCUCAGAUGUUAGACACUUCGAGCUAAGCUUUCACAAGAAACACAGGGACAUGGCACUAAGAUUCUAUCUUCUACAUAUUCUACGAGAAGCAAAUGCCAUUAGAGAUGAGAAGAAAGCCGUGAAGCUCCAUACAAUAGAUUAUAGUGGGACUGAUUAUUGGGGUUCAAUCGACCUCAAUCAUCCAGCCACGUUUGACACUAUAGCCAUGAACCCUGAAACUAAGAAGACAUUGAUCGACGAUCUCAAUAAGUUUAUUGAGAGGAAAGAAUAUUAUAAAAGAGUAGGAAAGGCUUGGAAACGUGGGUAUUUGUUAUAUGGACCACCAGGAACAGGGAAAUCAAGCUUGGUUGCAGCCAUGGCUAACUAUCUGAAGUUUGACAUUUAUGAUAUGGAUCUGAGGGAAGUCCAAUGCAAUUCAGAUUUAAGAAGGCUAUUGAUUGGCACUGGAAGUCGUUCAAUAUUAGUAAUUGAGGACAUUGAUUGUUCUAUUGAGCUGCAAGACAGGAGUUCAGAUUCAGAAAAUCAAACCAAGUUUGCUGAGGAUGAAAAGAUUACUCUGUCUGGAUUAUUGAACUUCAUUGAUGGCCUAUGGUCGAGCUGUGGAGACGAGCGGAUAGUGGUAUUAACCACGAACCACCUGGAGCGGCUAGAUCCGGCAUUGUUGAGACCUGGGCGUACGGAUUUGCUCCUGCAUAUGUCUUAUUGCGACCUUAGUGGUUUCAAGAUAUUAGCAUAUAAUUACCUAUUAAUUCAGGAACAUCCCCUCUUUGAAGAAAUUGAAGAACUAUUAGAUAAAGUUGAGGCAACGCCUGCUGAAUUAGCUGGUGAGCUAAUGAAGAGUGACAACGUUACAAGUUCACUUCAAGGCCUCAUUCAAUUCCUCCAUGGCAAGCAAGAGAAAACUCGACUGCCAGACCUCAGAACAGACUCAGGAAAAGCUUAGAUUUGCUGCUACUGUUACCUCCCCUUGAAGUCAACUAGAAAUUUUACUCAAUUUUCGAAUUAAGAGCAUUAUCUAUGCUUUCAUAUCUUGUCGUCGAACUGAAUUAUUUUUCCUGUACAGAUGCAAUCGGAGUUUGUAUUUGUAGCAUGGAAAAUGCUACAUGCAUCUCAGGAAUCGAUUUUUCUAUACACACUAGAUCAUUAAUGGA